AUGUCUAUCUCUACGGAAAACGACGAAGACAUCAGGGGCGUCUCCUUGGAGGUACCUAUCGCAGUAUCCGAUGAGAAACAAUCUUCAGUAGAAACAGCUACACGGCCGUCUCCUCCACCCCCGCCGGAUGGAGGGCUCAUGGCCUGGCUACAGGUUGCCGGAGCGUUCUUCCUAUUCUUUAAUUCCUGGGGCGUGGUAAACACGUUUGGUGUAUUCCAAAGCUACUACGAAGACGUUCUCCUUGCAAAAUACUCUGCAUCUUCCAUAUCAUGGAUCGGCACAAUUCAAGGAUUCUGCCUCUUUCUAGCAGGGGUAGUGGUCGGUCCUGUCUUCGACAAAGGACAUCUCAAAGUGCUCAUUACCAUCGGUACAUUCCUUGUUGUCUUCGGUCUGAUGAUGACUUCUCUGUCGACUGAAUACUAUCAGGUCUUCCUAGCCCAUGGAUUAUCCGUGGGGAUUGGUUGUGCCUUCUUGUUCCUCCCUAGUAUUGCUAUCGUUGCUACGUAUUUCACGACGCAUCGAGCUUUGGCAAUGGGUAUUACUGCGUCCGGGGGUAGUAUUGUGAUGAAGAUGCGCCUCUCGCCACCUAAACAUAGCCGCUCAAUGUUCGAUUUCAGCGCACUGAAAGAGAUACCGUUUCUCGUCUUCUGCUUUGGUCUAUUCUUUGUUUUUACCGGACUAUACUUCCCUUUCUUCUACUUACCUAGCUACUUCAGCGUAUUCCUACAUUCCGAUACCAAUAUCGCAUUCUACUCAAUUGCCAUUCUCAACGCAGCUUCAGUAUUCGGCCGGAUCACUCCAGGCAUUCUCGCAGACAGGAUCGGUUCUGUAAACACCAUCGUGCCGAUCAGCGCCAUCGCGACAAUUUUGGCUUUCGCGUGGAUCGGUAUCCGCAAUGAGGCUGGCACAAUCGUCUUCGCUUGCAUAUAUGGAUAUGCAUCAGGUGCUCUUGUUUCAUUGCCGCCUACGAUUGUUGCACACUUGGCGCCUAACAUGAGUGUUGUUGGUACAUGGCUGGGAAUGUGCUUUAUUUUUGCGGGAUUGGGACUACUCAUUGGAAAUCCUAUCGCCGGUGCCUUGCUCAAUUUGCAAGAUGCAGUGUUCUGGAAGGCACAGCUGUUUUGUGCAGUGAUGGUCGCUGCGGGCAUGAUUCUUUUGGCGGGGUUGCGGCUUCUCAAGUACAAUCAGGCUGAUGGUUGGAAGAUGUGA